AUGGUGUUGGUAAGAGAUUGCUCGAGUGUGCAGCCCUCUGAGAAGAAGUUGAGGUUCACUCGAGAACCUAUUGCUUUCAACGAUGACGAUCUCGAAGGAACGAUUCAGCCGCACGAUGACGCUUUGGUGGUGGUAGCCCGGAUAAAUGGUUUUAUAGUAAAGAGGGUAUUGAUAAAUCAGGGGAGUGGUGCUGAAGUGAUGUACCCCAACCUGUUCAAGGUGCAUGGACUAAAGAACGAAGAUCUCUCAAAGUACAAUAUGCCCCUGGUCAAGUUUGAUGGGCGGAUGAUGAUUCUAGAAGGGCAGAUCUCGCUUCUCGUGAAUAUGGAAGGUAAGGAAUUAACGGUGACAUUUAUAGUGGUUGCUUUGUUUUCUCUAUAUACGGCGAUCUUAGGGAGGCUGUGGAUUCAUGCGAUGGGGGCAGUCCUAUCCACCCUGCAUGUAAAGGUCAAGUUCCGCAUUGAGCAAAGCAUUGCUAUAGUGAGGGGAAGCCAGUAA